AUGGCAUUCGGGGAGGAUUUCACUGGCUGCAACACAUUUUACUCGGGACAAUAUUGGCCUGCUUCAACCCUGGACAUGAACAACAACGAUGAUUACGUACAAGAAUCCAGCAGAGUGCACCAUGACGCUCCUCAAAUGACACACUCGGAUACCCACCGUCGCCGGAAGCGCACGACCUUCAGCAAGGCACAGCUGAGCGAGUUGGAGAUGGCCUUCUCUGUCACACAGUACCCUGACAUUAAAAUGAAGGAGUCUCUUGCAUCCUUAACCGGGCUCCCGGAGUCUAAAAUCCAGGUCUGGUUUCAAAAUCGACGAGCUCGCUAUUUCAAAAGCAAGAAAUCCUCCAGAGAGAUCCCCAAACACUCAUCAGACUUCCUCCACCAGUUCUCCUACACACCGUCACCCAGUCCACCAUUCCCACAGUUUGCUCCUGCUUUCCCUCAUUACCCCAGCCUGCCGUCCCCACCAGGCUACCCUGCUCCCAGUCUACCUCAGUCCACCAGGCUCUCCACCAUCCUGGGGGAUCAGGCCACGCCUCUGCAUGCACCUACAUCCCCGUGCGCCGCCGACCAAACUGCGUCAUGUUACCCUCAUGGACAGCGAGUUACCCAAGACUACCAAACCCCAGACUUUACCAGUUACUGCCCAUUGUUCCCACACAGUGAACUCGAAUGGGAUUUGACGGAGGAUUUUGAGGCUUUUCUCGGUGAAGCACAUGUAUCCCAGCCGGUGGAGAGUCGCUGCGCAGCAUUGGGACUUCCUGAACCCAAUGAGAGCAUAGAGAGACAACAGAGCUUCUCCAGCACCGAUGUGUCCAUAAAUGACCUGUGCUUUCCGGAGCUGGAAGACUUUAAUUUGUCGGAAUUGGACAUUUCUGCUGCAAUGAUUGAAUAUAUUUUGGGUUGA